ACCAAAUCAUCUUUCAAUUUCCUUCCCUCCAAUAACUCAGUGCGCGCACACACACACACACAAAACAACGAUCAUGUUUGGUUCAGUUGCAUCUAAAGUUACUUCAGCUGCUUCUAAAGUGGCUAGUAGUGUGCCUGUGCCUGUGCCUGUUACUACUAAACAGGAGACAAGUUUCUCAGAGGCUGAAGCAUUCAAACAUGUCAAUGCUUUCUCUCAAAUGGCCUCUCACCCUGGUGCCUCUUCUCAUCAGAAUCCUGCCCUUCAGUAUGUUUUGAAAGAGAGUGAAAAUAUUAAGGAAACAGCUCACGGGGACUUGAAGGUUGAACUGGAUCUUCUCCCUGCAAUCUCUGGUGGAUCGGAUCAGAAGCAUGUCGCUCUAAAAUUUUUGCCAAAACAUGAAUCUGAAGUGAAGAACAAAUCUAUUCUGGUCUCUGCUCAUGUUGACACUGUUUUUUCAGAAGAUGCAAAUGACAAUUCAAAUGUUGCUGUUAUGCUGGAACUUGCUCGUGGAUUGUCUCAUGCUCAUAGUAUAAAGAAUCCUGUUAUAUUCUUUUUCAAUACUAGCGAGGAGGAGGGUCUUGAUGGUUCUCACAGCUUCAUCACUCAGCAUCCUUUUGGUGAAACUGUUCGUUUGGCUAUUGAUCUGGACAGCAUUGGCUUGGGAGAGAAGUCUAGUACUUCUGAGGAUAGUGGAUUAAAGGAUGCUUUUAUUACCUUAUUUGACAUGGAGAAAGAAGCUCAGAUGCAGAGAUAUGUUCUUGAUUUGGGCGCCUAUUCCACUUAUCCUCGAGGGUCUAUAACUACUCAGGAUCUUUUCGCUUCAGAACUUAUAGCUAGUGCACCAGAUUUCAAACCAAUCCAACCUAACAGAGGGCUUUCUGGCCUUGAAUUCGGAUUUGAAGACCGGGGUGUUACACACCAUGCCAAGAAUAAAACUCUGAAGCCAGGAUCUCUUCAACAUCUGGGAGAGAACACGCUUGCUUUCUUGCUUCAGACGGCGACCACUCUGGAUACUAAUUAAAAGUUUAAAAUUUAUUAUUAGUUCUUAUAUUUAGUAAAAACCUGAAAAUAAUAUGAUUUUAGUUCCUUAUCUUAUUGAGGACUAAAAACCUAUGGUUUUUGUAAUUUUUAAGAACUAAAAAUAAGGAGUGCAGAAGUUGAAGAUGUGUUAAAUAAAAAAUGACUUAUGUGUUGUGUAUAUUAAAGUGUGAUGGAUAAUAAAUAUUGGAAAGUUUGAGUGUUGAGAUUUAUGUGAAUUUAUGUUUUUGCAUGUAUCAAAACAGUCAAAUCUUUGUGUUUAAUUGCAACCUUUGAGU